GCGAGCAAGAACGUGUACCGUAACACAGCCAAAAGUGCUUAUCUCUUUCUCCUACGAUAAUGAUUCAUAUCACAUAAUCUAAAUUUUAUGAGGAAUAAAAACUCACAAAAAUCUACACAUUUCAAACUUAGUACAACUAUCAAUGUUAUUAACCAUAAAUUUAUCUCCUCAAACAAAACACAUUCUAACUAGUGUACCAAAAUAAUUUGUGUAACGUUCGUUACGACGUACGUUAUUGGAAGCUAACGAUUUCGAUGCCAACGACAUUGAUCGAACAUAACGGUGUUGAAGAAGAUGGCAAUGACGGCGUAUUUUGGUGGAGUUCGUCGAGCUAUUGGUGUUAAUAACCGACGAGGGUGGUUGCAUAGUGACUUCCAAGGGAGUAAAAUGAUAAACUUGCGCAAUUUUGGUAAGGGGGUUGGUGGUGGUACUAGGCUAAGGGAGGACCUUUGUGUUAGUGCUAAUAAUGGUACUAAUUGUAUUGGUAUUAGGGGAAAUUAUGAAUAUGAUGAUAAUGGAUUUCAUGCAAUGGUUGAUGGAAUGGAUGGGAAUAAUGGUGAUAGGGAAACAAUGGCUGAUCAACAAGUAUUACUUGACCGUUGGUUGCAUAAUUCGAUUGACGAGAUUGUGAAGAACGUCGGUGAGGGGCCUUUGCUAGUGCACAUCUACACAGAAAAUUAUGGGACCAAAGAUUCAAAAUUAUCAUCAACAAAAAUGAGAUUGGUAAUGGAGAAAGCGACAUCAGAGAGUUGGACAAAUCUGAAACAUAGGUGGGAGAAGAGUAGCUAUACCAUCCCUAAUGGUAUUAUCUUGGUGGAAGAAUUAAGUGGCAACAAACAACAAACAAUUGGUACUAAUACUACUACACAACAAAAGAAUGAAGACAAUAAUAAUAAUAAUACUAGUUGUUUGGAGUUUUAUAAUGCUAGCUAUAAUAGCAAUAAUAAUAAUAGUAGUAGUAAUAUGCAAAAGAUGGAAUCUUCUUCUUCUUGUUGUUCUCCUGCAACUAGAUUGUGGGGUGUACUUGUUCAAGGCAAAGGGGUUAAUUUCCCUGCUUCUUAUGUUUUAAAGACUUGUCAGGUGAAAUGUUGUUUUGGAUCUAGUACUCACUUUUGUUUAGCAAAGGUUGAUUGCUUUGGAAAGAAUAAUGUUGAUUAUUAUCUUAAUAAUUGUUGGUUACAAAGGUGAUAAGGAAUUAAUUAUAUGUAUGGAUUUACCCUUUGUAUGAGUAGUUUUGAAAUAUCUACACAAUUGUACAUUGUUGCUUGUGUGUUUGUAGCAUUUUGAUAUAUAUGGAAGUUGGUUGUGAAG